CCGUUCAACGUGUGUGUGUCUCUCGCUGCGGGGCUGGUGGAGCGCGGCGCUGUGCGGAGGACAGAACGGCCCUUUGUCACCAGCGCGACGCGAACAAGAGGCGUCUUGCUACGGCUUCGCGGCGGCUCUGCGUAGGGUACGAAGAAGAUGAACGUUGGCGUGGCCCACAGUGAGGUGAAUCCCAACACCCGAGUGAUGAACAGUCGGGGAAUAUGGCUGACAUACGCACUGGGCGUUGGCCUCCUUCACAUUGUCCUGCUGAGCAUCCCUUUCUUCAGUGUCCCUGUCGUGUGGACCCUGACUAACGUCAUACACAAUCUGGGGAUGUACGUGUUCCUGCAUGCGGUGAAAGGAACCCCCUUUGAGACUCCAGACCAAGGCAAAGCACGGCUCCUCACUCACUGGGAACAGCUGGACUAUGGAGUGCAGUUCACAUCUUCCAGAAAGUUCUUCACAAUCUCACCAAUCAUUCUGUAUUUCCUGGCAAGCUUCUACACCAAGUACGACACAACGCACUUUGUGAUAAACACUGUGUCUCUGCUGAGCGUGCUCAUCCCCAAACUGCCCCAGCUCCACGGGGUGCGCAUCCUUGGAAUCAACAAGUAUUAAAAGAGCUGUACCUGACGAAGAGGAGCAGUUCGAUGGUGAAUUCCAGCGCCAGCUGUCACUUUCUACGUGGCCAGAUUAGUGUGUAAUCUGCUGUACCUUGUACCCCACGAGUGUGUACUAAGCAGUUGUGUGCAGGUGGAGUAAUUGACACGUUAAUUGUUUAGAUGCAUCUGGAGAAACCAGGCAGGGAAGUUCAAAAGGUGAAUAGUGUGUGCAUUACUAACCAAUCUAUUUAAUUUUAGUUUUCGUCACGGAGCUGGGCAGGCCCAGGUCUUAAAUUUGUUGUUUAUUGUUGAUUUUUACUUUUUUUUUUUACCUUUGUCACAUGAUCCCCGUUGCACAGACUCUCAUGCUGUGCGGUGUCAUCUUUUUUCGAAUUUGUCUUCAGAAAACAAUCAUUCAUAAAAUGUAUUUUUGCAGAUAAUUAACUUUUAACAGGAUGAACCUUUGAAUCAAAGUGAUGCACUUUCACUGUUCAGUGGGUGUCAAUUUAUUCAGCGUUGGUGAAAAACAUGGAAGAAUGAUAGACAUUUUGCAUGGUUUCUUUGGUGACCUGAGAAUAAAGUUUUGUUAGCAUUUUGUCAGUCUGUAUGUAGCAGUGCACAUGGUAAGUCUUGAUUCUUCAAACAAAAAAAAAUUAGAUUAACAAGGCUUUUGUGUUGUAACUUCAGAAGGUGUCUUAAGUUUACAGUAUGUUCAUGUAUUUAUAUUCAUGUAGCUGUAAUGUGUUGGAUAUUUUGUGGAUUCUCUUGAGUACUUUUGGCAGGGCAGUUUGCCUCUUAAAUCUUCUGUUUGUCCAUGGUAGCGUUGGUGCUUUUGUAGAGCCCAGGUGCCUAACAAUAAAAAAAAAAAAAAAAAAAA